GUGAGAAUAAAUAAGAUUUACGUACAGUUUUCGUUCUCUUAUGUGUGUGGCGCUCACAUGUAAACAUUAGCGACUGCGCGCCACAUUCAGAAGUGACAAGAUUUUGAGUGACUAUGACUUUAGUAAUCAUAUGGACUACCCUUGGGGUAUUUUAUUAGCUUUUUGGAGCUUUGCAGCUACAAGCUGUCCUCUCAUGCUUGUGUUUCACGGAAAAAAACCGUCAGACUUGAGAGGAGUCAUGGGACAAAGCUUGCAGGAGCAGGACGGCGUGUGCAACACUGAGGGAUGCUAUUCUAUUCAUCUCCAGCGCAAGACCUUCAGGGAGUCCUGGAGGAGCUGCAAGGAUAAAGGGGGGAACCUGGCUACCAUUAAAGGACCAGAAGAAGCUUCCAUGAUCCAUGACCUCCUAUCGUCAGGGGUCAGACGUGGCUCCCGGCCCAGAAUCAGGUUGUGGAUUGGCCUUCAGCGACAACCUCGGCAGUGCUCGGCCACGCGCCCUUUGAGGGGCUUUACCUGGAUCACUGGGGAUCAGGAAACACAGUAUACGAACUGGCAACGUGAAGACUUAGCAAAUGCUUGUGCUGCUCAUCGUUGUGUGGUCAUUACUUACAACACGGCUGACAAAAGUGGCAACGACAAAAACAACUUCAAAUGGCUCGAUGGAUCUUGUGCAGUGGCCGUGGAAGGUUUCGUCUGCCGCUACACCUACCAAGGGAUGUGCCCAGCUCUUCAAAAAGAAGGAGGGGGUCCUGCACUCUACACCACCCCGUUUGAACUGGCAAGUACUAUUCUUACUCACAUCCCUUUUGGCUCAGUGGCAACUCUCCCUUGUUCCGAUGGUGACAAGGAAGACCAGUCAGUACUGUGCAUGCUGAGAGAGGAUGGAAGUGUUGGCUGGUCGAAGGAUGCACCACUCUGCACGGACACUCCGAUGGACUGGUGCGAACAGGACAAUGGUGGCUGUGAGCACUACUGUGUGGACUCAGAUACUCAUUACUACUGUGAGUGCUCUGAGAAUUAUGUUCUGGCGGAAGACGGAAAGACCUGCCAGCUCUCGGAUCCCUGUCAUAGCGCCAACUGCGAGUUUGAGUGCGAGUCCACUCCUCAGGGACAUCGCUGCAAGUGCCCCGAGGGGUACCUCCUGUCUGGUGAUGGUCAGAGUUGUCUUGAUAUAGAUGAGUGCUUGCAGAAACCAUGCCCGCAGGAAUGUGUCAAUGCACCUGGUACAUUUGAGUGUAGAUGCAACGAGGGCUACCUUCCGUCUGAGUUUGGAGAAUGUGUGGACGUGGAUGAAUGCAUGGAAGGAAAGUGCGUUCAUAUCUGUGAGAACUUGCCUGGUUCCUACAUGUGCCGCUGUCACGAGGGAUUCUCUCCACUCGAAGAAGAUCCAGAGCAAUGCAAAGAUAUCGAUGAGUGUAAAACUCCAGACAUUUGCGAGCAGGUGUGCAAAAAUUACGAAGGUGGAUUUGAGUGUCAAUGUGAGGAGGGUUAUAUGUUGCAAGAGGACAACUACUACUGUCGGCCAGUCGAAGAGGAUGAAGACUUGAUGGCUGAAUCAGCUGAUGCAACACUGAAUGAUCCCGGCUUGCCUGAAUUGAUGACAGAUGCCAACCUUCUGGAAUCGCUAACAGAUUCCCCAAGCAUAGAGUGGCUUCCGACUUACCUGAGCUGGUUUACGGAGAAGACACAGGAGGGAAAUGUGGCCACACAGGAACCUGAUUUAACUGAGCAUGCAUCUUCGAAUUCACCUUCAUCAAACUUUUUGAUGGAUACUACAACUUCAGCCGAUUCUCAUCAAGAGUAUCCACAUGAGGAGGAAAUAUCAAUAGCAGCUGGUGAUACAGCAGAUGUAAGGACUUCAGGAAACAAAGGACCCUCAGAGACUUCGACAUCUGUGCCAAAGAGAAAAUGGGAUAUUGUCAUGCUCACUUCUCCAACACUGCAAAUACCUGAAGAUGCAUUGGCAUCAGGAACAGAACAGCAUCCAGGUGACAGGAAGAAACACGACAAAAGCUGGCUGGUUGUGGCACUGCUGGUACCACUAUGUGUUUUUAUUGUGGUCAUGUUAGCGUUAGGCAUUGUUUAUUGCACAAGUUGUGCUGUAGAGCCACGGAGCAAAAGCAUCACAGACUGUUACCGCUGGACCACCAAGGCUGAAAAAUCAAGCACAGCAAAUUCUCGAGCUUGAGUAAACAUGACUUAAAAAAAAAUUAAAAAUCAGCAAUGACCCUGAACUUCGUCAAGCUGUUUUGGUGUGAUCACACUGAUGUCACUUUGGUAUUCUGUAGGAUCCUGUUGGAUAUAAGGGCAAAAUAGUCACUAGGUGCACAAUUCAACAUUCAGACAUUUUUUCAGACAAUGGAGAGAACAUCAAUUAUUUUCCAAUGGAAGUGGAGCAGUAACCCCCAAACUGUGUAGAAGAAAGAUUUUGUGGAAAGUGGGACAUAGCAAACAGAAUUAAGCAUGCAUCCCUUUCUCAUGUAAUACAAUGAAUGAUAAUUUUUAUGAAGCCUACGAGUAGAAAUAAAAAAUAUAUAUAAUAUCAACAUCUUAAAUUUAUUGUUCCACUCGCAUAGUUUAUGCAACAGCACCCCCAACAGUGAGGUAUGUAACUACAACUGUUUGUCUAGAGACUUUAGGCUGUUUUGAUCGAGACAUUUACACAUUAGAGAUAGUUACUAUCAGUUACUAUCACUUCAUUUAAUUCAGGAAAAGUUGUUUGACUAAUGGAAACUAUAACGUUAUGGCAUUUGGAUCAAAUACACAGUAAUACUGGAGACGCUCAUGUUAUUUUUAUUUUAGUAUUUUCACCAUUAAGGCAGUUUAUGAUAAGAGAAAAAGAAAACACUGAAAUACAGAUCAGUGAUAGUCAUGAGCUUACAGAAACACUUCAGUGAAAUAGAAAAUUUAAGUAAGCAAGAGAAUAAAAAGUAUGUCAACAGGAUUUUUUAUUGUUAUUAUUCCAUAAUAAUAUAUAGGCUAACACAUCAACAGCCAUUUGUUUCAGCACGCAAUUUAUGUUUUUCACUGUAUCCCAAUAAAGUGUUUAACAAAUACUAGUAAUAUUUAAAUAAAUCUCGCUUGCUGUCACCAAUAAAAUUUGACCAACACUUUUUCCAGUUCAGAUUCGCGCCUGCUUUGAUAGCAGUGCAGCUGGCUCGGCCGCUUCGUGUUGUACUGGCACAGUCCCACCAGUAGUUGUCACUGUCUGAUAUUUGAGUUUUUGUAUAUAUCUUCUACAAACUAACAUGAUUUUAAUAAAAGCCGAACUUGCACUA